UGAUAAUAUGAAAAAAAAUCCACAAUGCACUGAAUUUGGACCACAUUUGGAGAUCGGAGGUUUCCUCCAGACGCCAAAUCAUGGCCUCAUUUUUUAUGAAUAUUUAGAUCUGCCAAGCUACUGAAUUUUAAUGUUUGCCAUUAUGGUGGUACUUGGAGAGAGAGCAACAGUAAGUAUUUUUGGAGGUGUGUGGUGUGAAAAGUUUGAGAAACACUGGUUUAAACUGCAAAUAUAUCUCAAAUUAUAAAGUAUGAUAAUAUUUCAACAUUUCAAUGUUGUUUAAAAAUGGCAUGUUUGUUGACCCAUUACUAUUGCAUCAAAGAGAGCAAGCCAUUUUCAACACUUGGUUGAUUGGUCAACAAUUUGUAAAAGUAACAGACCCACAUGGGGGACUGACCAAUAGUAUAGAUUUGUGAAAAAAUAUAAAAUUGACCAAAUCUUGGACACAGGAGGUUUCGGCCCAACAGUGACUAUUUCUUCAAGUGUCAGUGUACAAUGAGCGUAAUUUUAUUGGAUACUGUUUUGAAAUUGCGAAAGCUUUUAUUGGUGCUCCCUGAACCCGAGUAUUGACCUCUUGUAGUAUUUUUAUGCCAUCUCACUUUGAAUUUAAAUUUAAGUUUUUUUUGCAAAGAUUUUUUUGAGGUGUUGGAUUUUUUUUUUUUUUUUACAGAUUUUUUUUUACCAGUUUAUUUUAGAUUAAAUAUUUUAAUGUUAAAAACUAUUUCAAAUUUAAUUUACAAUUUAGAUUGUACAGAUAAUAGCACCGUACUCAUUAAUUAAGGGGUUCAUCAGGCAUGUGCACGUGUAGCCACUCGGUGGUGCUCAAGCACCGGUCCUUUUUUUUUUUCUGCAGCCCAUUUUUUUUCUUAAUAAUUAAAAAAAUAAUAAUUACUCUGUCAUCAGUUCCACCCAAAGUGUUUCAAUAUUUGACAGGCAUUUAUUGGAGAAUUGUAGAUAUGCUGCUAUUCCCUCCGCCUUGACUAAAGCCCCAUUUCCAGCUGAAGAAACUCAGACCAUGACAUGAACACGAGGCUGCCACCACCAUGCUUCACUGUAGGUAUGGUGUGUUUGCAUCAACCAUAACCUUUUGAAAUAAUGGCCAGAAAGUUUAACCUUGGUUUCAUCGGACCAUCAUACAUUUUCAACCACACACAUCCUGGAGAUCUCAAGUGUAUUCUGCAGCCUGGCUUAGCUAAAAUAAGGCCUCCAUUUUCUGACAUCUUUGAACAAUGGGAUCCCUCUAAUUGCGCAGACGCUUUCUGCGGACCAUGGCAAGAUGUGACCACAAUGUGUCAAGAAAAGCCUACUAGAACAUCUGAACAUUAUUUAAGGUUAAUAAGAGGUACUUCAAAUGCUUUCAGGUGUGUGCUGACUCCAAUGAGUUUGAUUAAAACAGCCACAUCCCCAGUUAAGAGGGUGUGCACACUUGGGAGAUCACUUUUAAUCGAUAUGUUUUUCAAUUGAGUUUUAAAGUUUAGGGGUCCCAUUAAUGGUAAUGUUUUUCAAUUGAGUUUUAAAGUUUAGGGGUCCCAUUAAUGGUGAUCAAGUUUUAAUAUUUAUUUUGGUCAAAUAUUUUUUUAUAUCACAACAACCUGGCAUUUGAACAAGGGGUGUGCAGACUUUUUAUAUCCACUGUGGCUUCCUUUCACCUAUUUUAGUAAUUGUAGUUUUGACUGUGAUGCUUGUGUUAACAGAAAUAAAUAUUACGUGUAAUAAAUAUGUUUCAUAACAGAUUUAAAAUGUGCUGCAAGUCAAAAUCCAGGGAUACAACCUACAACUUCCAUCCAACCUAUCAGAGAAGGCUGUUUUUCUGUCCACCAAUAAGAAGCCAGCACUGUGCAACAAUACCGGAAGAAUUGUUCUUUGUUUACAUAAAGGCAAAACAAACAAACAUGGCUUAGUUUAGCCUACUUUAAGCAUCACUUUGACACGAUGCUCCUGCUUUGGAGCAACUCGCCCCUGUCUGAAGUCAACAUUGCGACGCUUCUCGUCGUCUUCGUCGCGUAUUUGUCCGUUCAUUACCACCUGAAACGACGCCGUCUACUGGCUAACAUUCCUCCGGGUCCGAAGCCCCUGCCGAUAGUGGGCAAUUUUGGCGUUUUUCUCAUGCCUGCGUUCAUCCGGAGGAGGUUCGGGAAGGCGUCGAAACCGAGCGCGACGCCCGUGGAGGCGUUGACGGAGCAAGCCGCGGUGUACGGCGACGUGUUCAGCUUGUUUGUGGGCACUCAACUCAUAGUGGUGCUGAACGGCUAUGACGUCAUCAGGGAUGCUCUGCUCAAUUACGCCGAAGUGUUCUCAGACAGGCCGGACAUCCCUGCGGUCACCAUCAUGACCAAACGCAAAGGAAUCGUCUUUGCGCCGUACGGGCCGGUGUGGAGAAAGCACCGCAAGUUCUGCCACGCGUCUCUUCGGACAUUCGGUGUGGGGAAGUUUAGCCUGGAGCCGUGCAUCCUCCAAGGCCUGGCGACCGUCAAAAGCGAGCUUCUGCGAGUGCGUGAAGAGGACGGCGAGGCCGGCGUGGACUUGACGCCGCUGGUCAGCAACGCCGUCUCCAACGUCAUUUGCUCUCUGGCGCUCGGCGAGCGCUUCUCCCGAGACGACCGCCAGUUCGGCACCCUGCUGGGCCUGAUGGUACGAGGCCUGGAGCUGUGCGUCAACAGCCCCGCCGUCCUCAUCAACGUCUUCCCACCACUCUAUCACUUGCCCUUCGGCGUCUUUGGGGAGCUCCGGCGGGUGGAGCGUGACAUCACCACCUUCUUGAAGAAGAUCAUCGCCAAGCACCGCGACACGCUGGACCCGGGGAACCCCAGAGAUCUCGUGGACAUGUACCUAACGGAGAUGGCGGCGCAGAGAGCCGCGGGUGCGCAGGACAGCAGCUUUAACGAGGACUACCUCUUCUACAUCAUUGGGGACCUCUUCAUCGCCGGCACCGACACCACCACCAAUUCUCUUCUCUGGAUCAUCCUCUACAUGGUCGUGCAUCCUCACGUCCAAGACAAGGUCCAGGCCGAGGUGGACGAGGUGGUGGGAAGAGGCCGUGUGCCGUCUCUGACUGACCGCGGACGUUUGCCCUUCACCGAGGCCACCAUCAUGGAGGUCCAGAGGCUGACCGCCGUGGUUCCUCUGGGCAUUCCACACAUGGCGUCCAAGACAACAGACUUCCGAGGCUUCACGAUCCCGCAAGGAACGGUCCUCCUGCCCAACUUGUGGUCCGUCCAUCGAGACCCCGCCGCGUGGGAGCAGCCCGACAGCUUCAGGCCGGAGCGCUUCCUGGACGACGAGGGCAAGCUGGCCAGAAAAGAGUGCUUCAUGCCUUUCGGGAUCGGUCGCAGGGUGUGCAUGGGCGAGCAGCUGGCCAAGAUGGAGCUCUUCCUCAUGGUCACCGGCCUGCUGCAGGCCUUCACGUUCCGUCUCCCGGCGGGAGCCUCGCCGCCUCCCAUGCACGGACGUUUCGGCCUGACGCUGGCGCCGUGCCCCUUUGUCGUGUGCGCCAGCCCUCGUGGGUAAAGUCAGUCGAACGGAUGCCCCAGAAAGACAAAGUGUGCAAUACGUAUUCAUACACAUGGAUGGACACUUUAUUAGGAACACUCAGGGAUGGACUGGGACAAAAAUUCAGUCCUGGCAUUUUCUGUCCAAACCAGACUACAGUAUUAGCGGACACCACGUAGAAGUCCGCAAAUCUCACGCUGUCUUCUCUCAAGCAAUCUACAUCCAUCCAUCCAUCUCAUCCAAUCCAGUCAAUCACAGGAUACAUACUGUAUAGACAAACAGUUUAGUCUCAAACACAGACCGGUGAUCUCAUGACAACCAUCAGAAAGUCAGUAUAUUUACACCAGUGACGUAUUACGCGCGCAUGCACUUCUGCUUUCACUACGCAGGCUACAUUUAGCCACCAAAGUUGGAGUUUAGAAGAAGCGAAAAAUGUAGAAAACUUGACACCAAUCUCCCAACAGAAUCAAUAUCUUUCUACAACCAGAAAAACAUCAACUUUCCUUCAAAUUUUCUUUGUUGAAUAACUUCAGGAUGUGACGUGAAGCGUUAGUGUUUGACUUUACAUCGAUCUGAUCGGCCUGAUAUUUAGCAUUUUAUGCUGAUCGGCUUUAAUGUCAUAAUUCGCCGAUCCGAUCAAUGACGUCAUUGAUUGGCUCCGCAAAAUACAUUUACUCCGCGUCGCCGUCGUGUACAGUAUAUUUGAAUCCAACAGCUAGUUUAUUUUUAGCCUUGUCGCAUGUCUUAUGACAUAGUACUGUAAAUAUCUGACCACCAAUAAAGUUAUUUAAAAAAUGUGUGGGACAGACAACAGGUCUGAGACAGACAACGUAAUGCGUGGAUCAGACUACAAGACAAAUUUGCUCUUUCACGAUUGCACUAUGUCAGACUACUGAAAUAAAACCUUGUAUUCCAAUA